UCUUCUCGUGCCGUGGUAUCGGCAGGCGACGUGGGCUUGGAUCCGCGGCCUCGCCUCUCUCCCCUCCCUCCUCGUCCGUGAGCCUCGGCCCGUCUUUCCCGUGACCUGCCGGCUGACGGAGUGGUUUCCUCUUGACGAGACGAAGCGAGUAUGGUUGGCUCCCACCGGCGCGAUCGAUGGUAGAGUCGUCCGUUCCCCGUGCGCGCCGCAUCGUGAUGCCAUAACUCCCAUGGAGCCGUGCGUGCGUUUACCUCCUCCCCGUCGUACAUUUCGACGGGCUCCCUGGCGAAAUGCGUGACGCGGGGCCACACCACGCUCAGGCUCUGUGGUGUGAUGGCUGGGCGGAUAGAGUUGCGUGGCAUCCUCCUCCCUCGUCUCGUCACCUCCAAGCCUCCGCCGCGGCCUGCGCUGCAGCCUGCACGCGAACGUCGUGGGCGCGCGGGGGUGCCGACGGCGACGCCUCGGUCCCUGUCGUAUCCCGGCGCUUCUUUGUUUUCGGCGGUUGCGCCUGGAGCCCUGGUCCAGUGAACGGCGCUGUCGCGUCGCUUUCGCUCCUCUUCACCUCAGCCGUGGAGGAGUUGAGUUCCCGGCUCGGUGUCCUGUUCUGCUGGAGCACAGGAGCAGCUGUAACCCAGCUGCACCUGGUGCAGGUGCGCAGCUUGUAUCAUCCACCCUAUCGGGGAUACAUUCAGACCCCACACUGCUGGCGCUCCUAAAAAGCGAGAAAGAUUUGUGCCAUGCCAUGCCAUGCCAACGAUCAUGUGACGAAACGAAAUUUCAUGAGCGUUGGCAAGUAUACUUGCAUCCUCUGAAGCCUCUGCCGCUCCCCUGUACGCAGAGCAGGAUGGUGGUCAAGGUGGUGGACCUGCGGUCGGACACGGUCACUAAGCCCUCGGAGGCCAUGCGCGCCGCCAUGGCCGCGGCCGACGUCGACGACGACGUCCUGGGCGCAGACCCGACCGCGCGCCGCUUCGAGGCGGAGAUGGCCGCGCUCAUGGGCAAGGAGGCCGCGCUCUUCGUGCCCUCGGGCACCAUGGCCAACCUCGUCUCCGUCCUCGUGCACUGCGACGUCCGGGGCAGCGAGGUCAUCCUCGGAGACGCCUCGCACAUCCACGUCUACGAGAACGGCGGCAUCUCCACCAUCGGCGGCGUCCACCCGAAGACCGUGGCCAACAACCCCGACGGCACCAUGGACAUCGACAAGAUCGUCGCUGCCAUCAGGCACCGGGGAGGGGCGCUGCUGUACCCGACGACCAGGCUGAUAUGCUUGGAGAACACGCAUGCAAAUUGUGGUGGGAAAUGUCUGUCUGUAGAAUACACUGACAAGGUUGGGGAAAUCGCCAAGAGUCAUGGACUCAAGCUUCAUAUUGAUGGAGCUCGCAUUUUUAACGCCUCUGUGGCACUUGGAGUUCCUGUAGAUAGACUAGUGAAAGCUGCUGAUUCAAUUUCGGUAUGCCUAUCAAAAGGUUUAGGUGCCCCCGUUGGAUCAGUUAUUGUCGGUUCGAAGGCCUUCAUUGACAAGGCCAAGAUUCUUAGGAAGACCCUAGGUGGCGGAAUGAGGCAGAUUGGUGUUCUUUGUGCUGCUGCUUCUGCUGCCGUUCGUGACACUGUGGGAAAGCUUGAAGAUGACCACAGAAAGGCGAAAGCUUUAGCAGAGGGACUGAAGAAAAUUAAACAGUUUUCAGUGGAUUCUGCUUCGGUCGAGACCAAUAUGGUAUUCUUCGAUAUCGUGGAUCCACGAAUAUCGCCUGACAAUCUAUGCCAAGUCUUGGAACAGCACAAUGUGCUUGCAAUGCCAGCGAGUUCAAAAAGUAUCAGGUUCGUCCUCCAUUACCAAAUUUCAGACAGCGACGUUGAAUUCGCAUUGACAUGUGUUGAGAAAGCUUUUGAAGAGCUAUUGAAGGGUGGUGCACAGUUGGAGCCUUUGGCGAACGGUACUACAAGAAGUUCGUACGGGCACUAGAUCACUUCCCUUUGGACCCCCCCGAUGUACAAGCUCGGUGCCUAGCAACAUUUUCUUAAACCAGCAAGAGCACUGUUGGUGUUUGUGAUGGUGCCCUGCUUGUUUGUUGAGAACAACGCUAGCUAUUGUAACCACACCUUUGCUGAAUAACUGAUGGUGCCGUGCUUGUUUGUGCAUUGUGAUCACCGGUAGCUAGAGUAACCACACCGUACCUUCGCUGAAUAAACUGCUCCUGUUCACUCUUC